AUGCGUCUGACAUAUCUACUGCUGCUAGCGGUGUGUGUUGUCAUCGCGUUGUGUGAUACUGUAUUUGCUUUUGUCUCUAAGCAAGAAGUUACAGCUGCGCAACACGCUGCUGGUGGAUAUCGCGAUGCCUCUGGCAAACGUCUUUUAAGGUCUGACAACGCCGUGACCAUUGUCGAUGAUGUCGCUGAUGAAGACAGGCUCUUCUCAGGUGUGUCGAAGCUUACGGAGGCGCUUAAGAAAGGAAAAACGAAACUAAUCGACAAGCAAGUGCUGUUACAAACCAAGCUGAAGGACAAGCAGUUGUUGCGGAACUACCAACAACUGCUCAAGGGUGGAUUUUCGGACGAGGCCAUCACCGGUGCGUGGUUAACGAGAGGGAAAAGUCUGGAUAACAUUUUCGACCGCUGGAUUCGACUCGGAAAGUCAGAAAGGCAGGCAGCCAACAACUUGUUGAAGCAGAAAAAGACACCGGAGGAUCUCUUUUCGGUCUUUGCCCAACGAGGCAUGAAACCAGAACAAAUCCAAACGCUUUGGCGCAGCCUCAAACUGGAUGAGAGCGAACUCAUCGCCUUCCAAAAGAAGUUCGUACUGAUAAACUAA